UUGGCUGAAUAAAUAUCAUUCCAUAUUUUUCCCCAUUAUCUAUUUUUUUAAUUUUUUCCGCUUCUUUUUUAAUUUAUUUAGUAAUUUUAUUCUGUCUGUGUUUUUUUCAUUUUAUUUCAAUUUAUUUCGGUGUUUCUUAUUUUUUUUCGUUUUUGUUUUUUAAUUAAUUUCAUUCACUCUACAUGUUUCUUUAACGUUUUUCAAUUUUAUUUCAUUGUAUUUUUUCAGUGUAGCUUACACGUUUAUUGAAUAUCUUAUCUUGCUCAAUGCAUUUUCUCAAAAUUUUUUCGCAAUCGUUUUUUAUAAAAAAAAAUACAGUCUUAUUAUGAUUUAAAUGCAGAGAUCAGAAUUACUUGAAUAUUCAGUAAAGCUGCAGGUUUCAGCGACUUUGGAGCUGCAUCGCAUUUUCCUUGUUAUUCUUGAAUUCGGUGGUUGUGCACUCAGAUAUUACAAAUACACACAUACAUAUAUAUAUAUGUGUUUAAGUAAAUAUACGGUAAAUAUAAACGACCAAUAAAAACAAGAGAUCAGAAAAAAGUAUCGAAACAGAAUGUGGAAAAAGCUAUAUGCAGUGAACCAAACCGGUCGAAGAACUGCUAGGCUGGCAGAGCUGAGCUGUGCCGGGUUUCAAGCACAACGGCUGAUCAGCGGCUAUACGACAGCGACCGAACAACAACUCAACUCGCUCAUCCACCGCAAUGCUCCGGAGCGUACAGACCCCGAAUGGCUGAAUGCAAAGGAAUAUAAAUCAAUACCUGGGCCGUCGAAAAUUGGGUUUUUCCUUAGCUUUCUACCGGGAGGCGAACUCCAUAAUUUAAAUUAUGUCGAUAUGAAUAAAAAACUACGCAAUAAAUAUGGUGACCUUUUCCUCCUGAAGGGUAUGUUUGGUCGGCAUGACACCGUUUUCACUUAUAAUGCUGAAGAUUUCGAGAUGGUUUAUCGCAUCGAAGGCAUUUGGCCGAUACGUGAGGCAUUAAUGAGCUUCGAUUAUUAUCGUAAAGUCAAGCGACCAGAUUUCUUUAAGGGCUGCAGCGGACUUGUAACAGAACAUGGCAGCAGUUGGGGGGAUAUGCGUAAUAAAAUUAAUCCGGUUCUGAUGAAAUCGGCAAGCAUACGAAGUGCCCUGCCAGAACUGGACAGAAUCACUAUGGAAUUCGUAGAUAAGUUUGAAACGUGCCGAGAUCCCAUCACUGGUCUACUGAAAAUGGACUUAGAGUAUGAACUAAAAAUGUGGGCCUUUGAGUCGGUCUCCUACGUUGCAUUAAACAAACGUCUAAAUUUGAUUAAUGGAAAUGCUAGCAAAGAUGCGAUAACUUUAUCCCAGAUGAUGACUCGUUUUCUCAAUCUAAGUGUUAAAUACGAUAUGACACCAUCACUGUGGAAGUAUUUUGAAACUCCCGGUUUCAAGAAAUUAAUGGACGCUUAUAACAACAUUACCGAGAUCACCUCGAAAUAUGUUGACGAAGCCAUAUGUCGCAUCGAAGCGGAAGGUGAAACGGAGCCGAAGAGCGUAGUGGCGAAAUUGCUGGGUAUCGAUAAAUAUUAUGCCGUAGUGAUGGCCAUAGAUAUGUUAACCUCCGGCAUGGAUACGACCGCAUCCACCUUCUUGACAGUACUAUAUCACAUUGCACGAAAUCCCGACAAACAGGCGGCACUACGACGUGAACUCAUGGACGUAAUGCCCGAUCCAAAAACUCCGCUGACUCCUGAGAACACCAGGAAUUUGCCAUACUUACGGGCGUGCAUAAAAGAAGGGCAACGCAUUACGCCCAUCGCUCCAGGCAAUCUGCGCACUGUACCAAAAGAUGUUGUGCUUUCAGGUUAUCGCAUUCCCUGCGGCACCUCCAUUCACAUGGGAAAUAUGGCUCUAUGCAAUAGCGAAAAAUAUUAUCCCCGAUUUAAGGAAUUCAUACCGGAACGUUGGCUAAAAUCGGGUGAAAAUGUUUGUCCUGAAUUGCGCAGCAGUAAUCCAUUUAUUUACGCACCUUUCGGUUUUGGGCCGCGUACGUGUGUGGGCAAGCGCGUUGCGGAAAUGGAAAUGGAAACGUGCUUGGCGCGUCUACUGCGGAUAUAUAAAGUGUCAUGGGCAUCGCCGGAGGAUAUGCAGUAUAUAAGUAAUUUAAUAAUGACACCAAAACCACCUUUGAAAUUCAGAUUUAUGCCACUUGAAGAGGCGGAUUGUGCAAUUGGUAGUUUAUCCUUAUAAUAAGCAAUGGUUUCUUGUUUUUAUUCAACCCAUAAGUGAUAAAGUAAUAAAAUAAUUAACAAUUU